AUGGCGGAUCCCUUUUCUAUCAGCGCCAGCAUUGCAGGACUUAUUGGACUUGCCGAUGUCAUAUUUAUCAAAACAUUGCAAUGCCGAAAGCACUUGAAGCUAGCCAAGAAUGCUGAUGACGACGUGAAAAGGAUAGCAGAUCAAAUCAGUGCAAUCGCUGGGACCUUGAAAAGGCUAGAGCUUCUUGCCCAGGUUCUUGACGACGAACCGUUCGACGAAACCCCGAGUCUUGGUGUGGUCAUCGCCUGCGACCGCACGUUGAGUCUUAUUCAAGGAAAACUUAGAAAAGCUGAGAAAGGCCUUAAUAGUCCGAAUAAAUUCAGCCAGUGGAAGGGAAAGCUCUUGUGGCCAUUCUCGGUUGAGGAAACGAAAGACCUACUUGCCGACCUAUCGCGACACCAGAACCAUCUGCAAUUGGCUAUAUCAGCCGAUUCAAUGAACGGUCUUCUUCUCUGUCUUUCCAGACAGGAGUUUCUGGGGAGGGCCAUGGCUAAGAUGGAAGGCCAAGUUGAGCGCAUAAGCGAUAUCGUCGUUAGGGUAGAGAUCUCCACCAAGCGGCAAAAAGUUCGCGACUUUUCCCUGAAAGUAAACCCCCAAGAGGCUCUGGAGACAAACUUGCGACUCCGUUAUCCUAUGACAGGCAUAUGGAUCCGGAACUUGGCCAGCUAUCAACGGUGGCUCGAUAGUUUACAUUGCCGACUGUGGCUCUCUGGUAUUCCAGGAGCUGGGAAGUCGGUUCUAGCCGGGACUCUCAUUGAAGACGCUUUACAGAGAAGCGGGACCGAUACUGCUGUUGCUUACUUCUUUUGCGAUUAUCAAAAUCAAGAAACUCUGGCCACCCUCAACAUACUAAGCACGAUCAUUGCCCAAAUCUCUCUGCAAAGUCCACGGGCCUUUGACAUCGUUGAAGAAUAUUAUGAUGAACUGCAUCCCCCCCAGAGUUUGGAGAAGGGGCCGCAUAUCGUGGGCCUCCAGCGUAUCUUGCAGGAAACAUCCUACGAGUUUGAGAGAGUCUUGAUUGUGGUGGAUGGAAUCGACGAGGCUAAUGGCCUAAUAACCGAGCUUCUUCCAUCCCUCUUGGAAAUAUUGACAUGCGAAAAGAUUUCCCUAGCCUUGAUCAGUCGUGACGAAGUCGCUACAGAUUUCUCCGAGAUUUCUGUUGCAGCGACCGGCGACGAUAUGAAGCGAUAUGUGACGGGUGAAAUCGAAACACGGGUGCGCUCGAGAAGGCUGCGAAACAUCGGAAUUCAAAUGAAAGAGGAGAUACUUGAGUGCCUACUGGAAGGUGCCUGUGGCAUGUUUCGAUGGGUCGCGUGUCAGAUGGAUUACCUUUGCGAGUUCACCACUGAUAAAAGGCGCCGCGAAGCAUUGCAGAAUUUACCGCGAGAUCUUCCAGAGAGUUACCAUCGCAUCAUUGAGAGAGUCCCCAAGUCAAAUGAAGACAUGGUUAUUACAACCUUAAGUUUCAUUGCCUACGCGCGACAGCCGCUAAAUAUCGAGCAACUUCGUGAGGUGGUAUCCGUGCCCCCACUGGGUGAGCGGCUGGAAGUCCAGGACUAUGAACCUACCGAUGAAAUUUUGCGCGCUUGUAGCAGCCUGAUCCGCAAGUCGCCAGAUGGAAAACGGCUUACCUUUGCACAUGCUUCCGUUCGACAGUACUUGGAGAGUGGGGAGUUACUAAGAACGUCCCUCAACCAGUAUCAUCUCAAUCCUUCGAACGUGUCCAGAAUCAUGGCCACACGAUGUCUUCGGCUACUGCAGGUCGACAAUUUCGUACGCCCGGCUCUUGGAUGGGAAUCAGAGCUGCAAGAGGUGCUCCAAAGGCAUAAAAAGUUCACAUUCUACGAGCAUGCCUCUGCCUGGUGGCCAGAAUAUGCAUAUGAACACAUGAGACAUUCCGACGUUAAAGAACUCUCCAUAAAUCUACUCCGCGACGGUGGAGAUGGUGCAUACACUGCCUGGAUGACUUCGUUUUCACUCCGAGCUGGGCUGUGGGCGGGGACAGUGCUCUCUGACUACGGCGGCAACAGGUUCAUCAAUCCCACUCGCGCGUUGACCGCCAGGUUCCUCGCACCGACUUUCACGCCACUGCACAUGGCUGCGCUCCUGGGAAUGUCUGACUUGUGUCGACAACUAGUAACCGGUAUUGAGAUUCAAUCGUCGACUCAACUUUCGCCUCUCGACUGCGCCGUUAUGGGGCCACAGCUAUUUGCAUCACAGUUGUUCUUUGCUGAGGACAAUGUGGACAUCGACGCGGAUCUGGAACUAUGGGGCGGCUGGAAUAAUUUCUGGGCAUCUUUUGAGCACGCAAUAGUUCUCGGUGUCCUCCCUGAUAUCAUUACCACACUUGGAGAGGCUGCCUUCAAAGUCUUGAAAUCCGGAGCCAAAUUAUCCGCUGCUAUUCAUCAAUGCUGGAAACUAGAACCUUGGCUGUUCUGCGACAUAAAGGACAUGCAAACAACAGAGGAUUCCUUCCGCCGCCUUAUUGAGUUAUUGAAUUCCUUUAGUGAACCGCACAGUAUCGCAACUCAGCUGUGUACGCUUGUGUGGGAAUCUGCUCUGGCUUGGAACCUUACUUUCGCGCGUGAUCCAUUCUUCGUGAAGUCAACCAUCUCAUUCACUGUGGAGGCAUUGGUCACAUCUACGUUUACAGGUGUUGAACAAGACAGGUUGGCAUUUGUCCAAUCUGCAAUAAAAGACCCCCGGAUAGACCCCACCAGUGUUAUCUCAAACUCUCUUUCGUUGCUUGAGGUUGCUGUGGAGUAUGCGUCUCUCAAUAUGGUCCAGCUGCUAGUGGAAGCUGGUUGCAGCGCUGCUCCACGCCCAGACCAGACCUCUGGCCCAAUGCACAUGUGGGCAUUACGAGGAAAAUUCAUCAAUAAGUCUGAAUGUGAGCUCAUUCUUCGUCUACUGCUACGUCACGGCGCUUCUACUUUGGAACAAGACGAUGACGGGGACACUGCGUGGCAUAUUGCCUGUGAUAGCCCUUCUGCUCUGGAGGCAUUGUUCGCAAUUGAGGAUGAAGAUAUAAUCACCAAAGCUAUGUCGACUGAAAAUAAUAACCGCCGCACCGUCCUCGCCCAUGCACUGGAGGGACAGAAUGAACCAUGCGUUCUUCUGAUCAUUUCCCAUAUCACCAAUGACCCGGAAUAG